AUGAAGAUCAAUUGUCAGAUAAUUUUGUUGAUUUAGUUAAUUAAAUAUACAUAGACGCCAAAUUUCUACCCAAGGAGUUAAAUAAGUAGGAGAAGGAAAAAUAAAGAAUAUAGUAAAGCAAAAAAGAAAAGUACUCUAGUUAGAACGAGAAGGACAAAAAAAAAGAAAUAGAAGUUAACCAUGAGAAAUGGCUAAAUAAAAGGAAUUGCUCAAGGAGGUAAAGGAAGAAUUACAAAAACAUAAGGGGAUUUGGAUAAAAAGACCUUGGCCAAAAAUAAUGGUGAAAUUCUUCAAAAAUUUCUUACAUCUAGUUUAAAGUACUCAAAUUACCGAGAGUAGCAACACACUAUGAAUCUGCUUAAAAUGGCAUUUUAUAAGGUCCCCACUCAAAAGGUCAAAAUAAUACAUGCAACAUAUGAAUUGUUGACAUCAUAAGAUAACAUACUUAGAUAGAAAAAGGAUAAAUUAAGAUCAUAUUUGUAGUUUAAUCUAUAAUCGAUGGAACUGUUUCAAUUUUUGGAUAGAUAACAAAGAAACAAUGAAAAGAUUUUAAGCUUGUUUAUUGGACAUCUGGACAAACAGAAAAUAAAAAUAACUGAAGUAAAAGAAAUUUUGAUUUUGAGAGCAUUGGGCAUGGCAUUUAUUAAGAAUAGCCAUUUUUCUUGUGAGGUUACAGGCACAUUUGUAAGAAUACUUAUUUAACUGGCUAAUAAUUCAGAGAUUAUAAAAUUCAUAUAUGCAUUAUGUUACUGCAUUAAAUUAGUGAAAUAGAAGUAUUGGAAAACAUAAAAGGUGUUGAAAGAAGAUGAUAAUGGUCUAGGGAUGAAUUCUUACAAUAUGAAAUGUGAUGAUCCAUCUUGUCCAAAUGCUUUAAAUUCUUAGAAUUUUGAAGAAGUGAAGGAGAUGAAGAAUGUAUUUUGCCCUAUAAUUAAGACUAGACUACAAAAAUUCGCUAAAAUUGAUAACCAUUGUAUGAAAACUACUAAAAAAUGA